AUGUCCAGCCAACCACCCCCUGCGUUCGGUGGCCACCCGAACUACUCGCAGUGGCCUCCCCCAUAUCCCUCGAUAAUGCCUCCUGAUUUUCAAACAAAUCCGGAAUACUUGGCGGCAGGUCAUCAAAUGCCUCCGUUCAACCCGCAUGUGCCUUUUGAUCCCAACAUGGCGGCCUUUUACGCCAAUGCGCAGCUCACCGGACCUGCCACCCAUGCUCACCCAUAUUUCCCACCUCCUUUGCCAUUCGUAGCUCCGUUUGACCCUUCACAAAUCCCUCCUCAGCCUUUCACUUCUAUGCAGAUGCCGCCUCUAGAUUACACAUCAAUGCAGGCGCCCGCAGGGUCCCCCAUUCCAAAACCAGUGUCUGGAAACGUACUAGCAGCGAACGGAAACCAGCGACCACAACCCGAAUUCCAGCAGCAACCGAAGACGGUAGCUGGGCUGAUUGAUCACAAUCGCGAGGAGGGCGAGAUUAGCGACGAAGAAAAUGAACGGUCGGGUCUGAAGAAAGAUGCCAGGGCCUCCAACUUGGCCAGGAGUAAUCAUCCACCAAGUCAUCAUUCUGAAAUGGAAGAGGGUGAAACAAUGUCAUCAAGGUCACGCGCUUCAAGUAGAAGCAGCACACCUUAUAAUCCUCCUCUCUCGGUUGCUGCGGACCCUGAAGUGCUUGAUCGUGCGAUCGAAAUGCAGAAGCGGGAACGCAUGACUACUGCAUUGAAAGACUCUUCGUUGUCCAGGUCAGCAAUACAGCUUCGUGUACAGGCCCAAGGUGCCCUUCUCAGCCUAGUGCCUCACAACAUCCAGUACAAUGAACUGGUAGCUGAAGGCUUGAACCCAGCGAUUUUGAGAGAACUUUACAAGCAGGUUGGAAUCAAAAUAACCACUGAGGUUGAGAAACUUGACCAGAGCGCAACCGCUCAAGUCCCCGUGUCGACCAAGCCAGCACAAUCAGCCACGCCAAAAAAGGUCGAUGAUGUUGGACCGAAAUCGACAGCUGCACCUCCAGUUCCUGCAUCUGCCCCAUCUUCCGCUGCUCAGUCCGACUCGGGGAAGCCAAUGGAGAGGAAAGAAGUGAUUGCCAGAAUGCUUGCUGCCAAGGCCGCGAAAUCGUCCGAGGCAGCAACUAAGGCGGUUCCAAACGAGCCUCGAAGCGUUGCAGCGACACCCACUCCAUCUAAUCCAUCCAGUGACACCCCGGUCAAAUCAACUGUGGUUCCUAUGAGGGGGAAAAAUAAAGCCCAGACUGAGUUAGCAAGACAGCGAAUCGAAGAGCUCAAACGGCAAGCACUGUUGAAAAGCCAACAAAAGGCUCAGCUCAAUGAACCUAGCAAUGUCUCCCGGGUUAGUCAACCUGCCGACGAUACGAGUUCCGCAGCGCCAGUGGCCCAGCAUCCACUACCUGUCCGCCCCCCUGUAGCUCAACCAUCGGAAUCCGCCACCAUUCCAGGAUUAUUCAUGACUGGGUCGAAGCAAGAUGCAGGCUCAAAGCCCUCUACAGAAAUCUCUCAGGGAAUCGCUGUCGAUUCGGCUCCUGUUUCCCGAACAGGCCAGCGCAAACGACCUCGCGCAUCGGACUUUGACGAGCCUGAUUCGGCUUAUAAGAAGCAAUUGGGCUAUGGAGCGGGUCAAUUACGUCCUGCAGAUCGAGUCGUCAUUGAGUUCAGUGACGAUGAUGAGGACGAAUCACUGUAUGGGGAUGAUCCUGACUCCAUGGACGUGGACUCGAAUCACGAAACCGAGGCCCACCCUACAGUGGUCCUCGAGAAUUCUCGGCCGGCUCUUCAAAAAUAUCCUUCAUCUACUUCAACUCCACAGGGCCUUUCCUGGCAAAGUGACAACGAAAAUAUGCGACAGAAGGACCUGGAGAUUCAAGCAAUGCAUCGUAAGAUAGCACUGCUUGAGCAGCAGCGAAAGGCACGAAAGGCGAAAGAAGCUGCCAAUCGAACGGAGUCACCUCGUACCGUUGAUGAUUCUGCUACAUCUUCGUCCUCCGCAGGGCACUUGAGUCCCAUGGAUGUUUAUGAAGCAGAAACAUCCAUCUCAGCCUCCACUGCAAAAGCAGCGGCCGGCACGAGCACCACGAUGACCAGUUUUGCUGACCAGCAAAACCUUAUUGAUUCCUUCAGUGAGUCUUCAGUGCGUAUUCUUGCUUCCCUGGAUUUGGCACAACUAGACAAUAUCAGGUCCAAAGUUCUCCAGAUGAAGGAUAUUGAGUCAGACCCUGAAACUUUGAGCCGCGACUCCCGCUUUGCUGCCUGCAAAGAUGAGGCGGAUAAGCUGUUAUUCGAUAUCACAAAAGCCAAGGAAGUAAGAGAGGGUCAAGUCCCGCUUAUUGGGGAGCUGAAGAACCUUGCGUAUGAGAUUGGUGGUCUAUCAUUGGAGAUUUUGGAUGACUUGCGACGACAAGCCGAAGCCAAGAAACAAUUCACUGCCCAAACUGAAUUGACCCCAAACUCUCAGGUAACUGCAUCUGCAGACAGGGGAAAUUAUGGCAUUGGUGAUACACACGCCUCCAUCCCACCUUCCAUCUCAACGGCCCCUUUGGUUGUUCAAAAAUCCGAAGUUAACCCUUCUGUCAACCAAGUUAAGGAUCUCGCUGCAUCGCCUUCAAGUCCCUCACAGUCUGAGUCUUCUGGGUCUGCAAUGGAUGAGUCUGAGGAUAUCUCUAGCGCCCGCGGAGGCUCACCUAGUGAUGAAGAGCCUGCUACGCUUGGUGAACCACAAACAUUGGAUUCCAUGACCAGCUCGACACAACCCCAGACCGAGGCCUCUAUCUCGGAACCAAACCCCGUCGUGCCUAUCAAAAACGUUUCUGCUGAGUCACUGAGCAUUGAACAAGGCUCGAGCGGUCAAGCAUCUCCUACCGAGCCUCCGGUCGUAGACUCUAUGCCCACCUCUUCACCUUCGGGGCAAGAUGCAGAUCUUGCUUCUAGUCGUCCCCUUUCCGAGGGUCCAUUACCCGACAUGACCGAAAGCAAUACCAUCAUGGAUAAUCUUAGCAACCAGGAUGUCGACGCUGAACAGCAGUCCAUGCGUGAAUCAUCUGCAGCAUCGGAAGAAUCGGAAGCAUAUGAACCUCCGGAGCCAGAGACUUCAGCAGAGCCAAAUUCACCCUACAGUCCACCUUUCAGCCCCGCUCCUCUAGAGGAUCCGGAGCAAGAUGUGGCUAUGCUGGACGACCAUCCAGCUGAUAAACCACUAACGGUUGCAUCUCAGGUGCCGACCUUGGAAGCUCAGCCUGAUUCUCAGGUCGGAAUACUUGGUAACCAAACGUCUUCGACACCGGCCACCUCGGACUCAAAAUUCACUCCUUACGUCAGCCCUCUGCGUUCUUUUAAGGCUUAUCGAUACCACCCUGGCUAUACUGAGGAUGUCUCGGACGGUUACCGUUCGCUAACCUACAGCCAUGACAUUGACUCAAUGAAUUACUUUUGCCCUUAUGAAUUGGCUGGUGGCGUGUGCAAUGAUCGGUCUUGUCAAUUCCAACAUUUCCGGGACAUGACUCUUAGCGAUGAUAAGAUCCUCAUCGAGAUGGGCUCCGUUCGAGAGGGCGAAACCGAAGAAGAAAAAGAAACGUAUCUUGCUGGACUGAAGGAGAUCAUCAACGAGAUGCGACGUGACAAGGUGAAAGACUUCAGCACCGUGGCUGCUGAGAUAGCCGCAUACCGUAGGCGCUUUCUCCAAGACCCCUCGCGUGUCUUGUCCCUGUAA